CACACAGACGAAGCUUUGUUUGCACAGUCACCCACACUUCAUCUCUUUCUCCUCUUCACAUUCCUCACAUUCUUCAUUCCUGAUGUCAAGAGGCCAGGAGAGCGCAUUCAUGGGAUCCACAUGAGAUCCAGAUGAGUUCACGUUUACUCCCUGAGCUCUGACUGAGCUUUAGAUGUGAGGAUACUGAACAGACUCAUAAAUUGAAGGAUUAUACUUACAAGGGAUUUCUCGAGGAUUACUUGCAUUUGUUUCUUGACGUUAUUUGUUUUGUGAAGUUUUUGUCUGUUUUUCGACGAGGACGCAACGCGAUAUGUAGCGGUAAAAUCACGAUUGGCUGUUUGCUUGUCCUGUGUCUGGCCAUGGGGAUGGGGUUGAUUCAUCAUCUCAGCAGCAUGGAUAUUGGCCAGGUGAAACGGAUGGCAUAGCAGGUGGAGUCCUGUCACCCACCACUGCCAUUUAAACGGUUUGUGCGGUCCAUCUGAACGCAGGCUUCGUCAUGCCAUUUGGCCUGAAAUUACCAAGUCGCAGACGGUGUUAUAAUGUCCUGAGUAAGAACUCUUUUGUGACGCGUAUCCGUAUGCUAAGUAACGAUGUGAUCGAAUGCACAUUGUCGGUGGAGAGCACGGGACAGGAGUGUCUGGAAGCCGUCGCACAGCGGCUUGAGUUACGAGAGACUCAUUAUUUCGGCCUGUGGCUCUACACCAAAUCUCAGUCACAGAGAUGGGUUGAGUUGGAGAAAGCUCUGAAGAAGCAGCUGGAUAAAUUCGGCAGUGGGCCGCUGCUUUUCUUUGGGGUGAUGUUCUACGUACCCAGCGUGUCUCGACUCCAACAGGAUGCCACCAGAUAUCAGUAUUACCUGCAAGUAAAGAAGAACGUUCUGAGCGGCCGUCUACACUGCACUGUACAGCAGGGCAUCAGACUGGCUGGUCUGGCAGUACAGGCUGACUUUGGAGAUUAUACUCAGUUUGUGUCCCAAGAUUUUCUCAGGGAAUACGUUCUCUUCCCAGUGAGCUGGCCUCAUGUUGAUAAGAUGUUGGAGGAAUGGACACCGACUGUAGCAGAGGAACACAAGAGUCACUGUCACAUGACCAGAGCAGAGGCGGCACAUCUGUACAUUAAGGAGGUGGAGAAGUUGGACGGCUUUGGUCAGGAAAGCUUUUCUGCUAAAGAUAACUACACCAAUGACAUCAUCAUAGGCAUGUCCUUCAUCGGUGUGUUUGUCAAACACAUAAACGGCAGAUCUAUCAUGCUCCACCGAUGGAAAGAUAUCGGCACUAUUGGACACAACAAAUCAGCCAUCACUGUGGAGAUAACCAGCAGAGAUGACACCAUCAUGUUUCAUGUGGACGAUAUGGAAAUGGCCAAGUACAUUGCGCGCCUUUUUACUGCCAGACACAAGUUCUACAAACAGAACAAGAUUUUUACAACGCCUGCACGAUCUCCUGUGCCACCCAGAAGACACACCUGGAACAGAUCGUCAAAGGCGUCUUCAUAUACAGACCACUAUCAGGACAGACAGGGCUCUCAAGACAGUAUAUUUCACGAUGACCCAUACUGUAAAUCUGAAAGCAGCCUUGACCGAUGUCCCGUAGAGUACAGUUAUCCAAAUGGCUCCGUUCACAAUGGCAGCAUGUGCAGCACUUCAAGCAUUAGCUCGCUUAGUCGCUCCCAGACGUUUCUUCAUUCCUCUCCCAUGUCAUCCAGUCUCUGCAUUCCUGGCAGCGAACUGAUGCGUCCCGACUACAUCCCCAGCCACCGUCACUCCGCCAUCAUCGCUCCCUCCUACCGGCCCACCCCCGAAUACGAUGCCGUUAUGCGUCAAAAGCGGCGCGUCUUUGCGGCCUCACCCAGCGGCACAUGUCACAGCCAAUCGCUGCGCAGCCUGAACAUUACCAACACGCACGUGUACCAGCAGCCACAGGUUUUAGUCUACAGUCAGCCGGAGAUUAGGAAACGUGGAUUGUAUGUUGGGCCGAACGGGACGGGAGUACCUUCUCACCCUCCAUUCAGACAACACACGGGACCUCUGCCCUCCCACUCCGUACCCUGUCCUGGUCAUCCGUCGGUAGGUGGAGGAAAUGCUAUCUCGCACACAGUCAGCACCCCUGAACUUGCAAACACUAAGCAGCAAGCCGUGAACGGAAGAACGGAAGAGUCUAAUUACAUCACGACAGCCACGAAUAUGCUAAGGAAUUAUCUUUCGCGGCCACCUCCUCCCUAUCCAGCGUUCCGUCCGGCAACCAGUACCCCGGACCUGGCCGGUCACAGGCAGCGCUGCGCUGGUAACUCCAGUCCCGAACUCGUCCCCAGAAAAGUCCCACUAUCUGUUAAAACAUUCCAGCCGGACAGUUCGACAGUAAUGCACCAGUCACUGCAAGAGGUCAGCGAACCGCUCAUGAUGGCCAAGCACUGUGCCGCAGUCAGAAAGCGUCACAGUGUUGAAGUGGUUGGCGGUCACCGGUUCACAGAGAGCCUCAUGAAAGGUGGACACGCCCCUCUCCCCCGCAGAAACACGGUGCGAGAGCAAGUCCGGCCUACUCAUCAGCAAGCCGCACAUCCUCCUGCAAAGGCCAAAGAGGUUCCCGUGCAGAAAAAGUCACCCCCGUCGGGUCAGUCCGUGUACCAGCAUGAGAAAACCCUCUCCAAUGCCACCAUGUUUAUCCACAGCAGUGAGAGUGAGGAGGAGGAUGCUUUGGAUCUGGAUGUUCAGAUUCCAGGUCUGAAUGAGGAUAUUAGUGCGCAAUAUCAGGCAGCUCUGGCCAACAUUCCCAACAAACCCCCACCGGAGUAUCCAGGAUCCCGUCAGACCGGCAGCAGUACUGGACUGAGACACCUCAACCAGGAUGGUGGUCAUGGGACUGCUGAUGUUCAGAGCGGAGGUGUUGUGGAUCAGGCGGGUCUCAGCGCUACCAUAUCUGUGUCUGAACCUGACUUAACCAGUGUGAAGGAGCGAGUGAGGAAAGAGCCGGUGAAAGAACGACCCGUCUCUGAGAUGUUCUCCAUUGAGGACAGCAUUGUGGAGAGAGAAAUCGCUCAGAGGUCACUGGAGAAACAAAAGAUGUCAGUGGAGAAGAGACCGCUGAUGAUGGCCGCUCUCAACGGCUUGUAUGUCACACACAUGACCGCUGAUCACAUGACCAAACACGCGGCCCAACACAACAACACAGACGAAUGGUGUCAGAUGCUGGAGCUAAAGUUGGAAGAAGAAAGACUCUUUACUGAAUACGAACAGGUUUCCAAGAAAAGAUCAACAUCCGUCUUCACCACGGCAAUGCUGCCGGACAACACUGAGCGAAACCGCUUCCGAGAUGUUCUCCCGUAUGAAGAGAACCGGGUGGAACUUGUGCCAAACAAAGAGAACAACACGGGAUACAUCAAUGCCUCACACAUUAAGGUGAUGAUUUGUGGAGAGGAGUGGCACUACAUCGCCACACAAGGUCCACUGCCCAACACGUCCCACGAUUUCUGGCAAAUGAUUUGGGAGCAGGGUGUCAGUGUCAUCGCCAUGGUAACAGCUGAGGAGGAGGGUGGACGCUCUAAGAGUCACAGGUACUGGCCCAAACUGGGAUCCAAACACAACUCGGCCACACACGGCAAAUUUAAGGUCACCACUAAGUUCCGCACGGACUCUGGUUGUUACGCGACCACGGGUUUAAAAGUGAAGCAUCUUUUGUCGGGUCAGGAGCGAACCGUGUGGCAUCUGCAAUACACGGACUGGCCUGAGCACGGCUGUCCGGAAUAUGUGCAAGGAUUUCUGUCGUAUCUUGAAGAGAUCCAGUCAGUUCGCCGUCACACCAACAGUAUGUUAGACACAUCCAAGAGUCUGAACCCACCGGUGAUCGUUCAUUGUAGUGCUGGAGUGGGUCGUACCGGUGUGGUCAUCCUUACUGAACUCAUGAUCAGCUGUCUGGAGCAUAACCAGCGAGUGGAGGUUCCAGUGAUGUUGGAUCUAUUGAGACAGCAGAGGAUGUUGAUGGUAGAGACGGUCUGUCAGUAUAAGUUUGUGUAUCAGGUUUUGAUUCAGUUCCUCAAGCACUCCAGACUCAUCUGAGACUCACAUUCCUUUUUUUAAAAAAAAACAUUCCUGACAACAAUCCCACAAAUUAGUUUAAAUUUAAAUUAAUUCACUUUUGGCAGGAGAAGAAAAGGGUUCAGUAUAUGUGAGGUGUUUACAAUAAAACUUUUAAUUUUAUAGCUUUAAUGACUCUUGAAUUUGGGUUUUAUAUUUAAUGUGUUCUUGUGUUGUUUCAGACCUGCAUGACUUUUAUAAAACAUAACAGAAAAUAAAAAUAAAAGUUUUAGGUGUGAGACACCACUAAUUGACCUAAAGUCAAUAUUGUGUCAGACGGCCUAAAAGUGAUUUUAGAAAUAAAAUAUUAUUUGGAAAGCAAUCUGUUUUUUGGAUAUCUAUCUACAGCUGAUAGCAGCAAACCCAAACUCUCCUGAAUAAUUCAUUUGUAUUUUCAAUGUAAUAAAGUUAUUGGUUGCCUAAAGCACAUUAAGAUCCUAUUAACUCAAUAAAGUAUUUGAUAUUUUGUAUUAUUAUAUUUUAAAUUUUAUUUAUGCUGUGUUUAAUAAAUGAAUCUUUCACUUUGCAACUUUUAUUUCAGAUCUGAGGUCAGUUAGGGUACAGUUGUAUAAAUCAAAAGACACGAUUCUGUUACACAGUUACUGCUCAUCGAAUGAAAUAUUGAAUCUUUGGAGUUUGUCCUUAUUUUUAUUAAUAUUUUGAGUAUCCCAGAUGCAAAAACAGUUGUUAUAUAUUGAAAUAUUUUUUUUGUUUUGUUUCUAUGAAAUAAAAAGUAAAGUUAUA